GGAAGUGAUAGUAGUAGAAGCAGGAGUAGAGGCCUUUUUAAUUAAGUAUGACGAAUAUAAUAAAGCUAGGUACAGUUCUUAGUGUCAGUACACGUAUGCUCAUCCACACUGAUGGCGUUGAAGCAAAAGCUUCGUCCCACGCUCGUAGAGUUUUACUCAAACGUAAUGCACGUAAAAAAACAUUGGUAGGUUGCAAAAAACAAGAAAAUACCCGGAAAAUUUAGUGAUACAUGCUGCCUGUGCCUCUAGAAGUAAGUUUAUGCACUCGCUAUCUGGUGUAUAAGACGACUGGCCUCAUAGCCUGCAGGCAGGUUAUUGACACUCAAUAUCAAGUGCGAGUGCCUACUUGAUACAUGGCAACGCCUAUAUGUUAGAUAUAGUUGUGAGAUGUACAAUUGCCACGGAUGAGGCUCGGAGUUUAUGCGGUGAGGGGCCAGGCACCCGCUCGCUGGUGGGUCGUGGAGCAACUACGUUCAUGCAUGCAGUAAUCAGGGACUCGUCGAAACACAACCAUCAUGCUGCUGGCCUCACUGCUUGCAUCAUCUCCAACUCGAUAUACCCGACCCUGGCCAUGUUGUCAACACAGCCGAAAUUCCAGUCCGAAUGCCUAGACCAAGGCGCCUCUCUCUUCUUUACUCGCCUCCCCAGGGAGAUGCGUGACCUUGUCUACCAGCAGUACUUGGCUGUCGAUGCCAUCGCAGACGGCGUGUCGACGAACCAGCCCGAAGACUUGUUUCUCAACGAGGACCAGCCUUACGAAGGCGAUAGCGAUGACAUGCCUCUUGAAGCUACCUGCCAGAAGAUACUUUCGGAAAUGCGCAGUGUGAGGCGGCUGCGGGAGGUGGCCAUGACCUUCUACUCGCCUUGGAAUUUCCGGCUCCAGCUCGCAGUCAAAGGCCGUCUUGACUGGGCCUGCGUCCAGAAGAUCCGCCUCCAACUGCGUGACGAGGACCGGUUCAACCUUCGAGGCGCAGAGUUCACCAAGAAGGCCCUGUUGCGGACGAGAGAGCUCAAGAUUUUGUACGUUGACUGCUCCUCAUUCAACGAGGCCUCCAGCAGAGCAAUCGGGCCCAAUAUAAUCAUCUCGAGCGCGGAUCCCAGUUCCCAGGACGACGAAGAUGAAGCAGAUCCGGAACUCUUUGCAAAAUCACAGUGGAUAGAAACCUUGCUCGCUGAUUGUGGCACGCAGCUGGAAAGGCUGGAAAUGGUGGUGCUCAAGGGCAAAGGCCGCUAUCCAACCUUCUGGCCGCAGCAGAUCAGGCAAUUUGUCAAUGACAAUGUCGAGGUACUGGAACUGGACUAGAUCGAUCUGUGUGCACAUUGCACCAGACUUUUUUUCAGUCAAUUUCGACCUUUGAGAAAUAUCUUGGCUUUCGGCGCACACCACAGGCCACCCGCCUACCAUGAUGGACCAAAACAUAAUACCGGGAGAUUAGUAGCUAACAAUCUAAUUAAUCAAUGCUUUGAAAUUACUAGCAUACGGCUUUGGGGCUGCUGUAGGCAGUAAGUGUCCUCAUAGAUAGAAGCCAUUGCAAUCAGGGCUUUGUGAGUGUGGGACGAGGCUUUUGCUUCCAUGCUAUAAGUGUGGACGAGCAUACCUGUACUGAUACUAACAACUGUGGCUUUUAUCAUAUUUAUCCUACUUAAUUAAAGGGGCUUAUACUGCUGCUGCUGCUACUAUCACUGCUAUCACUUCUAUCACUUAUCUUAGCCAGGAAGAAUAUAGCUUUUUGAUUUAGCUAGCAGUAUUAAAUUACUCAUAGUCCUCU